AUGUACCCUUUGGAUGUGGUGAAGACUCGUCUUCAACUAGGACAGCAGGACAAGGGAAUGAUGGAUUGUGUUGUAAAAACACUCAAGAACGAGGGAAUCGGAGGGUUCUAUAAAGGUAUCCUUCCUCCAAUUCUGGCAGAGACUCCGAAACGGGCUACGAAAUUCUUCACUUUUGAACAAUACAAAGUUGCUUUUACUCAUUCGGAUAUUCCCGUGCCGGUGACAAUGUCACUCGCUGGUCUCUUUUCUGGACUCACUGAGGCCAUCGUUAUCUGCCCAUCCGAAGUGGUUAAAGUGAGACUGCAGGCAGACAGAAAAUCAAGCGUCAAAGAGCAAAAGUCGACGGCGGCAAUGGCUAGGGAAAUUUACAAAACGGAAGGGUUUGGAACGAGUGGCCUCUAUCGUGGAUUGGGGGCUACCUUUGGACGACAUGGAGCAUGGAAUAUGGUCUAUUUUGGCCUGUAUCAUAGUUGCAAAGAUGUCAUUCCAGAUGCUAAACAAAACCCAUCAGCAAACCUAUUAGGCAGAAUUGGAUUAGGAUUCACUGCCGGUUCAUUAGCAUCUAUUUUCAACAUUCCAUUCGAUGUGGCCAAGAGUCGAAUUCAAGGCCCACAACCGGAUCCGUUGACUAGAAAAUAUAGUGGAACUAUGCAAACAAUUUCACUUGUCUACAAGGAGGAAGGGUUCGGUGCAUUGUACAAAGGUCUUUUGCCAAAAGUGAUGCGAUUGGGUCCAGGAGGUGCUGUCAUGUUGAUCGUCUAUGAUGAAGUCUACGCUUGGCUCAAAAAGAACACCUAA